AACUCUCGGGGGAGGAUCAAUUUCGGUUUGGAAAAUGCCGUAGAUAAAGGAUUUUCUAUCGGAAUUCCACCAAUAUCGCCUUUCUUUUGGCUACGUAUAGAGCUAGUAUCCAAAAUGUUCGAAAAGAACCUCACGGAUCUUGUCCGUGGAAUAAGGAACAACAAAAGCAACGAGGCUAAAUAUAUUGCUGCCUGUCUGGAUGAAAUCAAACAAGAAUUGAGACAGGAGAAUGCUGCGGUUAAAGCCAACGCAGUGGCAAAACUCACUUAUCUCCAAAUGCUGGGAUAUGACAUCAGCUGGGCUGCAUUUAACAUAAUUGAAGUCAUGAGUUCUUCCAAGUUUACAUACAAGAGAAUUGGUUAUUUAGCAGCAUCGCAAUCAUUCCAUGAAGAUUUGGAUAUCCUGAUGUUAACCACAAACAUGAUCAGAAAGGACUUGUGCAGCAUGAACAUGUAUGAUUCUGGUGUAUCCUUGUCUGGUUUUGCUUGUUUUGUGACUUCAGACUUGGCAAGAGAUUUAGCUAAUGAUGUUAUGUCGUUGCUUGUCUCAACUAAGCCAUACAUCAGAAAAAGAGCUGUUUUACUUAUGUAUAAGAUAUUUCUCAAGUUUCCUGAAGCCCUAAGACCAGCCUUCCCAAGAUUAAAGGAAAAGCUUGAAGAUGGAGAACCUGGUGUACAGUCAGCUGCUGUGAAUGUGAUUUGUGAACUGGCUCGGAAAAACCCCAAGAACUACCUAUCACUGGCUCCUUUGUUCUUCAAACUCAUGACAAGUUCCACUAACAACUGGAUGUUAAUCAAGAUCAUCAAACUGUUUGGUGCUCUUUGUCCUCUGGAACCAAGAUUGGGAAAGAAAUUACUGGAACCUUUAACAAACCUUAUCCACAGCACUUCUGCCAUGUCACUACUCUAUGAAUGUAUUAAUACUGUCAUAUCAGGAUUACCACAACACAAUGCUUCCAUUCAGUUAUGUGUAAGCAAGUUGCGGAUCUUGAUUGAAGAUUCUGACCAGAACUUGAAAUAUCUUGGGUUACUUGCCAUGUCAAAGAUUCUUACAGUCAAUGCAAAAGCUGUACAAGUACACAAAGACAUUGUUCUCCAGUGUCUAGAUGACAAGGAUGAGUCUAUUAGACUCAGGGCUCUGGACCUUAUCGUGGGAAUGGUUUCAAAGAAGAACAUUAUGGAUAUUAUCAAGAAAUUAAUGGUGCAGAUUGACAAGGCUGACAGCCAAACUUACUGUGAUGAAAUUCUAUCCAAGAUUAUACAGAUUUGCAGUAUGAAUGACUAUCAUUAUGUUACAAACUUUGAAUGGUACAUUGAUGUACUGAUUCAAUUAACAAGGGUGGAAGGGACAAGACUUGGUAAACAGCUGGCUUCACAGAUGAUGGAUGUCACCAUAAGAGUCAAGGCAAUUCGUCCCUAUGGUGUGCAGUGCUUGUCUCUAUUAUUGGACAACAAUGAAUUACUCUCAGGACAAAUGGAAAAGAACAGGGUUUGUGAAGUUCUUUACGCUGCAGCAUGGAUCUCUGGAGAGUUCUCAGAACACUUACCAGACAUUCAUAGUACACUUGAAGCAAUGCUACAAACCAAAGUGACCUCCCUCCCUGGACACAUCCAAGCAGUCUAUGUCCAGAACAUUGCCAAGUUGUAUGCUAAACUUCUUGCCAGUGAAGCAGAGGAGGAAGAAGAAGAUGAGAAGACAUCAGUUGGUGAGAUGCUUGUAGAGAGGUUACCUGUUUUUGUACAGAGUGCAGACCUAGAGGUUCAAGAGAGGGCCAGCUGUAUUUUGCAGCUCAUUAAGUAUGUCCUUAAGCUGCAAGGAAAAGGUGUUGCUUGCACCGACGAGGUAUCAUCAUUGUUUCGUGGUGAGCUGAAUCCAGUCGCUGCCAAAGCACAGAAGAAGGUGCAGAUUCCCGAAGGGCUUGACCUUGAUAAAUGGAUUAACGACCCUCCAUCAGAAAGCUCAGAAGAGGAAGAGGAGAUCGAUACAAUAUUUGACACACCAAAUGAACACAAAGAACUGCGGCAAAAAUAUGUAUCGGAUGAUGAGGAGGAAAUGCAAAAGAGACGUGAACAGAGGAAACAGGAACAAAUGAGUAAUCCUCAUUAUCUGAAGAUGUCAUCACGGGAGGAGAGGAAGGCUAAAAAGAAAGAAAUGGCAGUAGAAGAUAUCCCGGUCGCUAACCUUGACUUACCUGUGUCACUCAAGGUGUCAGGAGGUAUGGCACUUGACAAGAAAUACGCUUCUGCUAAGAAGUCAAAGAAGAGAAGAAAGAAAGGUCGCAAAGGAAGUAGGGCAGAUGAAGAAGAACCAGACCUUGGCAUCUCGUAUGAAGUACUCCCAGCCGGGGCUGGUGAAUUACCUGAAGGAGCUGAUGAUUCAGAUCACGAAGAUAAAGGGAAUGACGAGGCUCCUGCAAGUGACCCCCACAAACUGUUGGAUGUCGACCUCAGCAAGCCUCUUGAAGCUCACGAAGCACUGCCCGUUCGUCAACACCGAGUUGUAUUAGAAUCACAUGCGGUUGAUGGUGAAGAGAAUGAGGAAACCCCCAAGAAGCAUGGUAAGGAUAAGAAACACAGACACAGAAGGGAUAGUGAAGGAAAAAAGGGUAAACACAAGCAUAAGCGGGAUAAAGAGGACAAAGAUAAAAAGUCAAAACACAAGCAUCGACACCAUCGUAAGGAUGAAGGUACAGAACCUGUUGAGGAUAAUCUGAUGUUUAAUGGAGAAGUGGAUCACGUUGAAUCACCAUCACGAGAUGAUUCUCAUCAAGAAAGUGAAACAACAACUCCCUCGAAGGAGAUAGCAGAAGUGGAGGACUUUAAACCUUCUGCGGAUGAACCUGGUGAUCCUCAGGAUGAUAUGGAUUUCUGGCUUUCCUCAACUCCUCAAAAGAAAUCUUCCCCUCAGCCUGCGGAAGUAGCCCCGACGCCCUCACCAGAUAGUGCAGCAGAAAAAACAAGAAAAGAAGAGAAAUAUGCGAGACAAUCUGAGAAAUCCGAGACUAAAGAAUCGAAACGAAAACACCGCAAGGAUAAAUCGGAGAAGAAAGAGAAGCAUGAAAAGGAGAGAAAGAAAGAAAAGAGAAAGGGGAAAACUGGUGAGAAGCCUGAUUCACCUGAGACCGCUGCAGCUGAACCAGAGAACCAGUAUGAACCAACAAUCACGGAGUUGGAGGAAGAGAAGAAGCAGCCCGUCAUCACAACUUACAAAGUUCUUGCCGAAAACGGCUCUCUUAGACUGAUGUACGAGACAAGAGUAACCACGCAAAAUCGAAACCAAGUAGUAGUGUCCGUAAUAUUCAGUAAUUUGUCGGAUCGUCACAUCAAGUCCAUGGAAUUUAAUGUAUUAGAUUCACUUAAUACUAAGCUGAUACGUCCGAUCGGAUCUUCGUCACGUGACAGUGUUCCAGUCCCUUUUCACCUUUUGCCAGAAUCGUCAAAUGAAGGACAGUUUGCCUUCACCGUAGAGAGCAUAGUCAUGGUACAGAAACUGCGAGGCACACUCACUUACAUGAUCAAGGACGACGAAGGCUCCACGAGUGAAAAGAUGGAUUUUUCGUUGUUUUUACCUUGCUCUUCAUUUCUGAUUUCUACGCCGUUGUCUAGCACGGAUUUUACGAAUCUUCUGGGAAGUGGAACUGUUGUUCACAAGGGUUCUGUUAAGGUUACUACACCAGAGACAACAGCGUUCAGUUCAAUCAUCACCAAGAUUUGCGUUCUGUUACAUUUUGCAGUUGUGGAACAAGUAGAUAACAGCGCGUCUUUGUACGCCUGUUCAAUUCAAGGACACCAUUUGUGUGCUCUUGUGAAGCAGUUACCGGAUCACUCCGUGUCUGUUGACGGUAAGAGCACAGACUCAUCUCUUGUGUCCAGCGUCCUGGAAGAAAUAAAAGCGCUUUUACAGGCGCCGGCAUGACAUUUCGAGCGGCGUUAACAAAUAUGAUAUUCAGAGACGUACUGUACAAUCAAUGAAAUGAAUCACCAUGUCCUGAACGACAUACAAAGUGGCUGAGAGACUGGGCCGCACCAGAUGAAUCACGAUUUAAUUGUUAUAACAAGGGAACAUAACAGUUAACUAAUUUCAAUGACGAUUUUAAACCGUUUUCACUGAAUUCUUUUGGGUAUUUUGCAUACAUGAUGAUAUUUGGUAGCUUUACAAUAGAUAAAUGGAAAGAAAUGAGAUUUCGGGAAAAUUAAUUCGUUGCUAACAGACAUGGUGUUGCGUUCGUAAGACGUUGCGUUGCGUAACUUCUGCAAUUUUCAAUGGAGUUUUGAAUGGAAAGUGUGAUCAUCUGGGACUGCAGUAGUUAUGCUUUACAAACCUCUGUAAUUCGUCCAGAAAACUCAAGCGCCAUCCUUUUAACCCUUUCACUCCCACAAGUGACCAAGACAGAAUUUCUCCUUACAAUAUCAAUACAAUAUCAAGCAGGCAGGUGAUGAGAAUAGAGAAGAAUAUCAAUCGUGGGAUUAUUAGUUGAUCCAAUACCAAAUUCUCUGAACUAACAUCAUAAGAAUUGUAUGGCAGAUAGUAAGGAGAAUUACUAAUUAGAUCUUGGGAGUGAAAGGGUUAACAAAUCAGAUGCAAAUCAGGCGCAUCAGGCAGUCAGCUCGUGUUUUGGUUGAGUUCUCUUAGCUAAUUGUUGCCUAUAAAUACUUUGGUUUUGCCUUUGCUUCUCCGAGACUCGAGAACUUUAACUUUUUAUGUGACCCGUCAACUCCUAAGAUCUGGUUAUGUUUUUUUUUCUAGAUGAUAUACAUUUAACAUUUAAAUUACUUGGUUAAUGAGAGGAUAUUUGUGGUAUCCUGAUACUAGAGGUAAUACCUCCCUGCGGAUAAGUCCUUGUGUUUUCAUGCGUUUUAGUGAUACUGAAAGAAGUUACUUACAAAACACUUCACGGAGAUGGUGGUUUAUACGUAGCAGUAUGAAAUAAUACAAAUUAAUAUUGGAAAUUUUGCAAAACCAUUUACCACUCAGAAAUGGGGAAAGGCGAAAACAGACGGACCUUUCAGGAAAAAAUUCUUUCAAGAUAUGUAUGUAGUUCUAGAGUAACAAAUAACAAACUUCACCUUGCUCGGCAAUAAUAAAAAUAAGAGUUUCUGGUUAUGUUA